ACCACAGAGCGAGAAACCGGCCAGCGCGGAGCGAGGACGCGGAGCAUCCCAGAUCUUGCCUUCAACAUCCAGAGUUGACCCUGAGAUCCAACCUGGCCGCGCUGACCGAGGAUCCUGCACACCAGAGCUGACCCUGAGCCCCAGGCUAGCUGAGCUGACCCCGGGUUCUGCAUGCCAUCCAGAGAUGACCCUCAGUCCUGGCUCCACUGAGCUGACCCUGGAUCCCGCACACCAGCCAGAGGAGACCCCAGCUCCCAACCUGGCUGAACUGACCCUGGAGCCUGUGCACUGCCGACCCGAGCUCCUGGAUGCCUGUGCUGACCUCAUCAAUGAGCAGUGGCCCCGAAGCCGAGCCUCCCGCCUGCACUCCCUGGGCCAGUCCUCAGAUGCCUUCCCCCUCUGCCUGAUGCUGCUGAGCCCCCGCCCCACACCUGAGUCACUCCCCAUUGUGGUGGGUCAUGCCCGCUUAUCACGAGUGCUGGACCGGCCCCAGAGCCUCCUGGUGGAGACAGUGGUGGUGGCCCGGGCUCUGAGGGGCCGUGGCUUUGGCCGCCGUCUUAUGGAGGGCCUGGAGGUUUUUGCUCAGGCCCGGGGCUUCCGCCGGCUGCACCUCACCACCCAUGACCAGCUGCAGUUCUAUGCCCACCUGGGCUACCAGCUGGGUGAGCCUGUGCAGGGCCUGGUCUUCACCAGCCGACGGCUGCCUGCCACCCUGCUCAAGGCCUUCCCCAGAGCACCCCCUCCCCGGCUGCCCUGCAAGCCUCCUAGUCUAACUGCCCAGACUGCCCCAAGAGCCCCCAAGGGGCCGGCACUGCCACCACCCCCUCCCCUGCCUGAGCCCUUGACCACCUCACCCCCACCUCCUGCAAUGCCCCCUCCACGAAGUCUGCUGGAGACGCAGUACCAAGACCUGAGAGGAUGCCCCAUAUUCUGGAUGGAAAAGGACAUCUGAGGGCUACCCACGGGAAAGCACUGUCCUUCAGGGUCGAUGGACUGCUUAGGACAGUACCAGCCUCAGCCCAUUGGCCGUAGCUCAGUCCCUAGAACCUGGAAGCUGCUUGUUUCCUGAGCACCAGUGGGGCUGGGAGAGGCUCCACAGCUGGGGCUCGGAGCUGUCAGUGUGGCUGAAUAAAGGCUUCUGAUGGGUGCA